AAACCAAUAGUUCUAAUCCGGAAAAGAGAGACGUAGCUGCAAGUCAAGUCGUUCGAAAAAAAACAGAAACUAAACAGCAACUCUAGCUUCCCCCCACGUGUCCUCUUCGCAAAAGAAGUGUCUUUCGUUAAGACAUGCAGAUUCGUUUCCCAUUGAAAACGAAGUUGAUAAUUGUGUGGCAUAUCAUUACUAUUAAUCAGAGAGAGAGAGAGAGAAUUUGUGUGUCUGUGGAGAGAAUCAGAACGAUGAAGGCGGAGAAGAGUCCGAUUCAGUGCGUGAUGUCGUGGAUUCGCCGGCAGCCUCCCAAGGUAAAGGCGUUUUUUGCAGUGGUUACGGCAAUGACGGUGCUCGUCUUCCUCAAGGUCAUUGUCCAUGAGCACGACAACCUUUUCAUCGCUUCCGAGGCUGUCCAUGCCCUCGGCAUCUCCCUUCUCAUCUACAAGCUUACCAAGGAGAAGACUUGCGCUGGGAUCUCUCUCAAGUCGCAGGAGCUAACGGCUCUGUUUCUUGCCGUGCGGCUGUAUUGCAGCUUUGUAAUGGAAUUUGAUCUUCACACGUUACUUGAUUCUGCUACGUUGGUCACGACGCUUUGGGUCAUCUAUAUGAUACGUCUCAAGCUUAGGCCCACUUAUAUGGAAGACAAAGACAACUUCCCCAUCUACUACGUUGUAGUCCCAUGUGCUGUUGUAUCUCUCCUCAUUCAUCCAUCCACGCGUCACCACAUCAUAAACAGGCUCUUCUGGGCGUUCUGUGUUUAUCUUGAAGCUGUUUCAGUUCUUCCUCAGUUAAGAGUGAUGCAGAACACGCAGAUUGUGGAACCAUUCACAGCACACUACGUUUUUGCUUUGGGAAUCGCUAGGUUCUUGAGUUGUGCACACUGGAUCCUUCAGGUGUUGGAUUCGGGAGGGCGGUUACUGACUGCAUUAGGAUAUGGAUUAUGGCCUAUAAUGGUCCUUCUCUCUGAAAUCGUCCAAACCUUCAUUCUUGCAGAUUUCUGUUAUUACUAUGUCCAGAGUUUAAUGGGUGGACAGCUUGUUCUUCGUCUUCCAUCAGGUGUGGUGUAAGAAGAAGCUUGAGCUUGUAUGGAUCGAGCUUCUUACUGAGGUUUCAUGAUUAUAUACAACUUCGAGAUAUAAUAUUACAUAUAUUUGCUAGCAAACAAAUCUUGAUUAGAAUUAAUUUUUCUAAUAAUGUCAAUUAAUCGGAUUUCGUUGUGGUGACGUUCAUAUAAUUUGACACACCAAACUUAAGAACGCUGUAAUGUUCUCGAACAUUUAUGGAAGACACCAAGAAGUGUGAAGUCAGUUUUGUUUCCUCA